UUGAGCACCCCAGUUAGAUCGUUUACUCCAGGUGCCUUUCGUGUGGAGGACAGUCUUAGCGUCCUUGGAAGAAGUGUUUAGCAAACUAUUCGGGAGGGAAAAGAACGUUCCUUUUUGCUUUUUCUUUUUUUUUUUAAAGUGAUAUUUCUGACAGGUGAACUCUGUAAUUCCAUGGAUUCUGACAAGUCAGCGACUGCUCCAUCCUGGGACAAUGAGAAGUCUUCAAUGGUCCAGAACCCACCUCCACCUUACUAUGAUAACCCGGGAGUCGCUCCGCCGGGCCAGGCUUACCCCCCGCAGGGUUAUGGAUACCCCCCGCAGCAAGGCGCCGUGUACAACCAGCAGGCAUACUCACCAGGCCAGCAGUACCCGGGGCAGCCGGCCCCCAUCGUCAUGCAGCCCACCGUGUACGUCACCCAAGGCCCUCUGACCAACCCCGUCAACGACUACCUGGGCUACUCCAUCUUCACCAUGAUCUGCUGCUGCCUGCCGCUUGGAAUCGCUGCCCUCAUCUACUCCAUCUCGGCCCGUGAAGCCAACCACACCGGUGACCGAAUGUCUGCAGAGAGGAACAGCAGGACCGCCAAGACGCUGAACCACGUGGCUCUGGGGCUCGGGCUCGGAUCCCUCGUCCUUUGCAUCAUUUACAUUGUGGUAGUUGUCGUCAUGGCUUCCGCACGCUAGCGUCUCUAUUUCAUACCUUUACUGCGCAUGCCUCUGUUACGUAACGAGAAGCUGCCCUGCGGUUGCAUUAUCGAAUAAUUGUGUUAAAGAGAAUGUAACCAGUGUGAAUUUUUUUCCAUCGUUGUUUUGUAAUCAAAGUGAUUAAGGACCUGCUACUCGUCUGACAGUUUUAUUUUUGUAUAAAAUGAUUUUUUUAUUAUGAUUAUUAUUAUUUCAGACAAAGUGGGACAAUCAGUCUCUCACAAAAUCAGCAUAAAUUUAGAAAAAGUGGAGCUGCUGUAGCGGACGCAGCUUCCUCUAUUGGCUCUGACUCGAUCUGAUUAAACCGAAUUAAACCGAACCGUUCCGACUAUUUGGCAAUGAUUUUAUUUUCCCUUUUUCUACUCUUUCCAGACCAUGCUUAAAGGGCUUUGUUUCUCAAUAAAGAACACCUUUAUAAAUAAAAGCGCAACGUAAAUCAUUUUGAGUCCUUCUCUUUCCGUUUUGCUUAUCCAACUGCAAUAAAAAAAA